AUACGCGGACCAAUAUGUCGAAGUUCGGGGUUCUGGUUAUGGGCCCGGCCGGCGCGGGGAAGACCACCUUCUGCACAGCUCUCAUCCAACACCUCCAGAACACCCGGCGCAGCUGUUUCUAUGUUAACCUUGAUCCUGCUGCCGAGACCUUUUCCUACGAGCCAGACCUGGACAUCCGUGAGCUGAUAACGCUCGAAGAUGUGAUGGAGGAGAUGGGCCUGGGCCCCAAUGGCGGCCUGAUGUAUUGUUUCGAGUUCCUUCUGCAGAAUCUUGACUUCCUCCACGACGCUCUCGACCCGCUGAGCGAAGAGUACCUGAUCAUCAUCGACAUGCCUGGCCAGAUAGAACUAUAUACCCAUGUCCCGCUUCUGCCAUCACUAGUUCAAUAUCUUUCUCGGUCUGGCGCACUCAACAUCUCCCUCUGCGCCGCCUACCUUUUAGAAAGCUCCUUCGUCGUCGACCGGCCCAAGUUUUUUGCCGGUACAUUAAGCGCUAUGUCUGCCAUGAUCAUGCUGGAGAUACCACACGUGAAUAUUCUCAGCAAGAUGGACCAGAUAAAAGGCGUUAUUGGUAAAAAAGAGCUCAAGCAGUUCACCUCCGUGGACGUCAACUUGAUAGAGCCCGGCAAUGUGGAGGUCUCGUCUGGCAGAGACCCGUCAUCGACCAGCGAGGUCCUGACAGGCAGCUCGUUCAACCGUCUGAAUAAAGCUGUAGCUCAGCUAAUUGAUGAUUUUAGCAUGGUAUCAUUCCUCAAGCUCGACGCACAGGACGAAGACAGCAUCUCUGCCGUGCUAAGCUACAUCGACGACGCGAUACAGUACCAUGAGGCGCAGGAGCCUAGAGAACCAGCUGCGGAGCCAGAGGCAGACGACAUGGAGUGA